AUGGGUCUCCAGCCGACGCCUCCGGCUCCCUUUGGAGCGUCUGCUACCUCAGCCGCCACAGGCUUGAGCCUGGAGAAUUCACUUCACACGCAUGCAGCAGACGUGCAUUCGGACCGUGCUACACCUUCCGCGGCCGAAAAGACAGAUAGUUCCGAUACAGCAGGGCCAGACUCAGAAGAUGUGAUUGAAGGCGAAAGUCAAAAGAAGAUUACUGCACUGGCUCGAAGAUUUUCACGCAUCUCUCAGGAAAGUAUCGUUGGCGAUGGAACCAACACUUUUCUCGAUCCCACCAGCGACCCUGAACUCGACCCGAACUCGGGUCAGUUCAGCCCACGUAAAUGGACCAAGAACAUGCUGCACAUCACCUCCCGCGACCCAGAUCGAUACCCCCGCCGUACGGCAGGCGUGUCAUUUCGCAAUCUGAACGCAUUCGGGUAUGGCACUGCAGCUGAUUAUCAAGCAGACGUGGCCAACAUGUGGCUCAAGGGAAUUGGUUGGCUUCGCGGCUUGCUGGGAUAUAGGAACAAAGUCCGCAUCGAUAUAUUGCGCAAUUUCGAGGGCUUCGUUCGCAGUGGUGAGAUGCUUGUUGUUCUGGGCCGCCCUGGAAGUGGUUGCUCGACUUUCCUGAAAUCAAUUGCCGGCGAGACACAUGGUUUAUGGCUGGACCAAGGAACCGAUAUACAGUAUCAGGGAAUCUGUUGGGACGAUAUGCAUAGCCGUUUCCGGGGGGAGGUCAUUUACCAGGCCGAAACCGAGAUCCAUUUCCCACAACUCACCGCAGGUGAGACCCUACUAUUCGCAGCUCAUGCCCGGGCUCCUGCCAACCGGUUCCCUGGUGUAUCUCGUGACCAGUAUGCUACUCACAUGCGAGAUGUUGUCAUGGCCAUGUUGGGUCUGAGCCACACUAUGAACACACAAGUGGGCAAUGAAUUCAUCCGCGGCGUUUCAGGGGGAGAGCGAAAACGUGUCAGUAUUGCGGAGACAACUUUAUGUGGGAGUCCACUACAGUGCUGGGAUAAUAGCACCCGUGGCCUGGACAGUUCGACGGCUCUUGAGUUUGUAAAGAACCUUCGGCUAUCAACAGAAUAUUCGGGGUCGACUGCCAUUGUUGCGAUUUACCAGGCCAGCCAGGCUAUUUAUGAUGUCUUUGAUAAGGCGAUUGUCCUCUAUGAGGGCCGCCAGAUCUAUUUCGGCAGUGCCAGGGAUGCAAAGUGGUUUUUCAUUAAUAUGGGGUUCGAGUGUCCUGACAGACAGACUACGGCCGAUUUCCUGACUUCACUUACCAGCCCUACGGAGCGCAAGGCUCGGAAAGGGUUUGAGGAUUUGGUUCCUCGCACGCCAGACGAGUUUGCUGCUCGAUGGAGAGACAGCUUCGAACGGAAGCAGCUUCUUGGGGAUAUCGAAACCUUCCAAAGAGAAUACCCCAUAGGAGGUAGUAAGAAAGAGGAAUUCUCCUGCUCCCGUGCCGCAGAAAAGGCCAAGGGAACUCGGGCAGCGUCCCCGUACACCUUGUCAUAUCUAGGGCAAAUUCGCAUAUGUCUCUACAGAGGGUGGCUGCGCCUCAAAGGCGAUAUGAGCAUGACUCUGGCGACAGUUAUCGGCAACAGUGUAAUGGCAUUGAUUGUCGGCAGCGUUUUCUAUAACCUGGACGAAACCACAAACAGCUUCUUCUCCCGCGGCGCAUUGUUGUUCUUCUCUAUAUUGCUCAAUGCUUUUGCCAGUUCCCUUGAAAUCCUGACGCUGUGGCAGCAGCGACCGAUUGUAGAGAAGCAUGACAAGUAUGCGUUGUAUCAUCCAUCCGCUGAAGCCAUCAGCUCCAUGAUUGUCGACCUACCAUCCAAGGCUCUUGUCUCUGUCGUGUUUAAUCUUAUUAUAUACUUCAUGACCAAUCUGCGUCGUACGCCCGGUCAUUUCUUCGUGUUUUACCUGUUUUCGGUGACGACGACGCUGACUAUGUCCAACAUUUUUCGGUGGAUUGGAGCGAUCUCCCGGUCUAUGGCCCAGGCGAUGGUUCCGGCAUCUAUUUUCAUGCUAAUUCUUGUGAUAUAUACGGGUUUUACUAUCCCGGUUCGGGAUAUGCACCCGUGGUUCCGAUGGCUGAACUAUCUUAAUCCCAUUGCGUACGCCUUUGAGUCACUCAUGAUCAACGAAUACAGCGGGCGCCAAUUCCCUUGUGCCUUAUAUGUGCCCAGUGGCCCAGGCUACGAAAAUGCCCCUCUCUCGUCAAGAAUCUGCUCUGGAAAUGGUGCCCAGGCUGGCCUGGACUAUAUUGAUGGCGAUACGUUUAUCAACUCUACCUAUCGAUACUAUCGAUCUCACCUUUGGCGCAACUACGGCAUUAUUCUGGGGUUCCUCUUCUUCUCGUUGGCAGCCUACAUCGUCUGCAGUGAACUGGUCCGAGCCAAGCCUUCAAAGGGUGAAAUUCUGGUCUUCCCUCGGGGAAAGAUACCGGCAUUUGCGAAGAAAUCUCUUCGAGACGAGGAAAAUGCUCCCACGUCGGAGAAGCAGAACCUAGAAAGUGAACCCCGAGACCACACGGGUGCAAUUGCUGAACAGACAUCGAUAUUCCAGUGGGAGGACGUUUGCUACGAUAUUAAGAUAAAGGGCGAGAAUCGACGCAUCUUGGAUCGUGUUGAUGGGUGGGUUAAGCCGGGAACAUUAACAGCCCUGAUGGGAGUAACUGGCGCUGGAAAGACAUCCCUUCUGGAUGUUUUGGCCAAUCGUGUAACCAUAGGAGUCGUCACUGGUGAUAUGCUGGUUGACGGGCGUAUGCGGGACGACUCCUUUCAACGCAAGACUGGCUAUGUGCAGCAGCAGGACUUACAUCUGGAGACAAGUACAGUACGCGAGGCGCUUAUCUUCAGCGCCAUGCUUCGCCAACCAGCCAGCACUCCCCGUAAGGAGAAGCUGGCUUAUGUAGAAGAAGUUAUUAAGAUGCUCAACAUGGAAGAAUAUGCAGAGGCUGUCGUGGGGGUACUGGGUGAAGGCCUGAAUGUCGAGCAGAGAAAAAGGCUGACCAUUGGGGUGGAAAUUGCAGCUAAGCCGGGCCUAUUGCUCUUUUUCGAUGAACCUACCUCUGGGCUUGAUAGCCAGACAGCGUGGUCUAUCUGCUCCCUGAUGAGGAAGCUGGCAGACCAUGGGCAAGCCAUCCUGUGCACCAUCCAUCAGCCCUCGGCCAUCCUGAUGCAGCAGUUCGAUCGACUACUCUUUUUGGCCGAAGGGGGAAGGACUGUCUACUUCGGAGAUCUCGGUACCAAUAUGGAAACCUUAAUUAAGUACUUCGAGAAGAAAGGUUCGCAAAAAUGUCCUCCGAACGCCAAUCCUGCCGAGUGGAUGUUGGAGGUUAUCGGCGCUGCCCCAGGGUCUCGCGCGGACCAAGACUGGCCGGAGGUUUGGAACCAAAGCCCUGAGCGGGUUCAAGUCCGCCAGGAGCUCGCGGAUAUGAAGGCAGAAUUGUUGCAGCGACCGCCAGCUCCUCGAACGGUUGAAUAUGGGGAGUUUGCGAUGCCCCUGUGGUCGCAGUUCCUGAUCUGCCUCCAACGAAUGUUAGAGCAGUACUGGCGCAGCCCAUCAUAUAUAUACUCUAAGGCGACCAUGUGCAUCAUUCCGCCUUUGUUCAUUGGCUUCACAUUUUGGCGGGAGCCAACAAGUUUGCAGGGGAUGCAAAACCAGAUGUUCGCCAUCUUCAUGCUGCUUGUGAUUUUCCCCAAUCUCGUCCAGCAGAUGAUGCCAUAUUUCUGCACACAACGGGCCCUGUACGAGGUCCGGGAGCGCCCCUCCAAGGCGUAUUCAUGGAAGGCCUUUAUGUUGGCGAGCAUCUUGGUUGAGCUCCCAUGGAAUAUUCUCAUGGCAGUCCCCGCAUACUUCUGCUGGUACUACCCGAUCGGCCUUUACCGCAAUGCCUAUCCUACCGACUCGGUGACUGAACGAGGAGGCACCAUGUUCCUGCUCAUCCUGAUCUUCAUGAUGCUUACCUCGACGUUCAGUUCGAUGAUAAUCGCAGGAAUCGAGCACCCAGAGACGGGCAGCAAUAUCGCCCAACUGUUGUUUUCAAUGUGCCUCAUUUUUAACGGAGUCCUUGCAACGCCGGACGCCCUUCCCCGAUUUUGGAUUUUCAUGUACCGGGUCUCGCCGUUCACCUAUUUGGUCAGUGCGGUACUGUCUGUGGGCUUGUCCGGUACGGAUGUCAAUUGUUCGGAUAUUGAACUCCUACGCCUGCCACCUCCUGAGGGUCAGAAUUGCUCGACUUAUCUCCAACCCUACGCGGAUAGCGCUCACGCGAAUCUAUUGAACCCCGAGGAUACUCGCGACUGCCGCAUGUGUAUGAUGUCAACAACGGACCAAUACCUGGCGCAAGUGAACAUCAACCCUGCGGACCGAUGGCGCAAUGUGGGCCUGCUGUUUAUUUAUAUCGUGUUCAAUGCGGUCGCCGCCCUGUUCCUGUACUGGCUGAUCCGAGUGCCCAAGAAGAAGCGGACCCCAAAGGUGAAGGAGGAGUAG